AUGAGUUUCUCUGAAAAGCUUCUUUUGCUGUUUUUUUCAGCAGUAGCUCUCAUUCUAGUUGUAGAGAGUCACAGAAAAACACCUCUGAAAGAGGAGGAAAACGAGUUGGAGAGAUUACUCAAAUAUAUCAAUAAACCUGCUAUCAAGAGUUUCCAGACUGAACAUGGUGAUAUAUUGGACUGUAUCGACAUUCAAAAGCAGCUAGCCUUUGAUCAUCCUCUGCUCAAGAACCAUUCUAUUCAGUUUGCCGUGGGUGAGUACAAAUAUUACCAUUAUGGAGCCAAGGGUAACCUUAACCUCUGGGAACCAGAAGUUUCACCAACUCAAUUCAGUUCUGCAAGUAUGCUUAUUGCGGGAGGCUCUAACGAACAGUUUCAGGCCAUUAGAGCUGGAUGGAUUGUGUACCAAUGGCUGACCAAGAAUCAGAGUCGCUUAUUCACCUAUUGGACUGCAGAUGGGUUUACAAAGACAGGCUGCUACAAUACACUAUGUCCCGGUUUUGUACAAGUGAGCACCAAACUCCCACUCGGCUUACUUCUUCAACCAGUUUCUAGAUACGGUGGCCAACAAUAUGAAGUUAACGUCAGCAUUUAUCAGGACCAAAUUGUAGGAGAUUGGUGGUUGGUGGUGUUAGGCGAACAAGUUGGUUUAGACCAUGGAGCGAGUAUGGCAUCAUGGGGAGGAGAAGUGUAUAGUCCAGUGAAAGAGAAGAGCCCAAGCAUGGGAAGUGGACAUUUUCCGAAAGAAGGUUUUGUGCAGUCAGCUUAUGUGAAUGGUAUUGAAGUUGUUGAUGAUUUUGGAGGCACAUCUUCGAGGCCAGAAAUUUUUACAAUAACGCCAUAUUCAAGCACUCCAAAUUGUUACAAAGCCAUAAAGAAACCUGGUAGUAGUGAAAUUUGGUACGACGCUAUCUUCUAUGGAGGACCAGGAGGUUGCGUAUUCUAG